UCGGAAGUAAAACACUGGGAGCUCGACGGAGAGAACAGCUGAGCGCCUGCGUACGUGGAAUCUAGCAGUGAGUACAAUAUCGCGCAACACCGGCAACAACGGCGCAUAUUACUGGCCAUCGUAUGAGAAGUUUAUCGCCUCGUUUUACCAGAGAACGGAGCGCCGCCAUUGGGUGAGCCUUCCACCCUCACCUCUGGCCCCCCGCCCAGCAGCAGAGUUUCACACAUGGACAUUCAGGGCUACCGGUACGUGCGCUGGCGCACGUGGCUGUACUACGCGGCCGGGGUUCUCACUCUGGGGCUGCUGCUGCUCCUGUUCCACUGGCGCCCGCGUCUCCGCGUCCUGGCUCGCUGUCGAGCGUGCUCGCUGGGCCUGGCGGACGUCCUGCUCCUGAAGGACAGCUGUGGUCAGCAUUAUGUUGUGGAAGUGCUGACAGCGGAGAUUGAGGAGGGCAGUUUGGAGCAGCCAGGGACCGAUAUUGAAGAGAAUGAAUUGAGGGACACUAUACAGCUGUACAAAGAUGAGAAAGCUCUGCUACGUUACUAUGUGUUCGAGGGGCUCCGUUACGUGUGGAUGUCGAAAAAGGGAGCCUUUUGUCCGGUCAGCGCACUGAAUGAACACUGGACCUGUGACGAUCUGUACAGGCAGCAAGCGGGACUGAGUCCCCAGGAACAAAGGGCCCGGCGGACUGUGUAUGGCGAGAACUUGAUCGACGUUCCAGUGAAGUCCUAUAUGCGGCUGCUGUUUGAGGAGGUGCUGAACCCGUUCUACGUGUUCCAGGUGCUCAGCAUCAUCUUGUGGAUAACGGAUCACUACUACUACUACGCGGGCUGCAUCAUCCUCAUCUCCGUCAUCUCCAUCGGCAUCUCUCUCUACGAGAUCCGCAAGCAAAGCGUCACCCUGCACAACAUGGCCCAGCUGAUCGUGAGCGUGAGGCUGAGGAGAGGCGCAGAGGCGGAGGACCUGGUGAGCUCGACGGAGCUGGUCCCCGGGGACUGCAUCGUGAUCCCCGAGGAAGGGCUGCUCCUGCCCUGCGACGCCGCCCUGCUGGCCGGGGAGUGCAUGGUCAACGAGAGCAUGCUGACCGGUGAGAGCAUACCUGUGAUGAAAACCCCGCUGCCGACCGGAAAAGCGCAUUACAAUGCAGAGACUCUGCGCAGACACACCCUGUUCUGCGGCACGCAGGUCAUCCAGGCCAAAAGGGGGCAGCAGGGAGGCACUGGGACGCUCGCUGUUGUCACGCGAACAGGGUUUUUCACCGCCAAAGGAGACCUGAUCAGCUCCAUCCUCUACCCGCAGCCCCUCGACUUCCGCUUCUAUCGAGACGCUAUAAAGUUCCUGCUGAUCCUGGGGAUCGUAGCGUUGGCUGGCACUGUGUACAGCAUCGUGAUCCUGAGCAGGACUGCGACCACCCUGAAGGAGCUGGUGAUCCGGUCGGUGGACGUCGUGACCAUAGUGGUGCCGCCCGCGCUGCCCGCGGCCAUAACGACGGGCACCAUCUACGCCCAGAGUCGGCUGAAGAGGGACGGCAUCUUCUGCAUCAGCCCGCCACGCAUCAACAUUGCCGGGAAGAUCUCCCUCUUCUGUUUCGACAAGACAGGCACUCUGACGGAGGAGGGCCUGGACGUGUGGGGGGUCAUGGAGGGCAGCGGGGCGGGGUUUGGGGAGCUGGUGCCCGACCCUCGCCUGUUGCCCCCCGGGCCCGUGCUCUCUGCCCUGGCCUGCUGCCACACCGUGGCCCUGCUGGGGGAGCAGCUCCUGGGGGACCCCCUGGAGCUCAAGAUGAUCGAAUCCACUGGCUGGGUGCUGGAGGAGCCCGGCGCCGGGGAGAAGGAGGAGAAGGACGGGGAGUUUGGGAGCGCCCAGGUGCUGGCGGUAAUGCGGCCUCCUCCCCCUGAGCUCCAGCCCCAGGGCAUCGUCAUCCGCGAGCCCGUGGCCAUCGUGCGGCGCUUCCCCUUCUCCUCCGCCCUGCAGAGGAUGUGCGUGGUGGCCGUGGACCCCGGGGGCCGCAACACUCGCGUCUUCCUGAAGGGGGCGCCAGAGAUGGUGGCCAGCCUCUGCCUGAAAGAGAGUGUGCCUGCUCAGUUCUCAGACACGCUGCGUCACUUUGCCAGCGAGGGAUUCAGGGUGCUCGCCCUGGCCUGCAAAACGCUCGACGGACAGACGGACAUAAGCACUGUGGAGAGGAGGGCACUGGAGAGCCAGCUGCAGUUCCUAGGCCUCCUGGUGAUGAAGAAUCUGGUGAAGCCUGAGAGUGCUGAUGUCAUCAGCACACUGAGACAGGCCCAGCUGCGCACUGUCAUGGUCACUGGAGACAACAUUCUCACGGCUGUGAACGUGGCCAGAGGCUGCGGGAUGGUCCGGAAGGACGAGCAGGUGUUUUUCGUGAACGCGUCGCCCCCUACUGCCCAGUCGCCGCCGUCGCUGCAGUUUCGCCGGGCAGCUGUGGACAGCGAUGUCGACGCCAUUACACAGGGUCUGUACCAGGGCAGUGUCUACUAUCACCUGGCUAUCAAUGGGCAGUCCUUCUCCGCACUGUGUGAGCACUUCCCAGAGUACCUGCCCAAGGUGCUGAUGAGAGGUACUGUGUACGCUCGAAUGGCUCCGGACCAGAAGACUCAGCUGGUGAAAGCGCUGCAGAAACUCAAUUACCGCGUGGGGAUGUGCGGCGACGGGGCCAAUGACUGCGGGGCGCUGAGGGCGGCGGACGUGGGCGUGUCCCUCUCCGAGGCGGAGGCGUCCGUGGCUUCGCCCUUCACCUCGAAGUCCGACAACAUCACCUGCGUGCCCCUGCUGAUUCGGGAGGGGAGGUGUUCGCUGGUGACCUCGUUCAGCCUCUUCAAGUACAUGGCGCUGUACAGCCUGAUCCAGUUCUCCUCGGUGCUCAUCCUCUACACCGAAAAGACGAACCUGGGGGACCUGCAGUUCCUGUUCUUCGACCUGGCGCUGGUGACGUCCCUGGCCAUCGUGAUGGGGCGGGGGGGGCCCAGUAAAGAGCUGCACCCCCAGCGCCCCCCCUGCAGCCUGUUCUCCCUGUCCGUGCUGGCCAGCCUCCUGCUGCACACGGCCCUGCUGGUCCUGGGACAGGUGGCGGCCCUCCUGAUCACCAAAUCACAGGACUGGUUUGUGCCUCUCAAUUCGACGGUGGCGGGACCGGCUAACCUGCCUAACCUGGAGGACACGGGGGUGUUCGCUGUUUCGGGCUUCCAGUACAUCAUCAUGGCCAUAGUGAUGACCAAAGGCCACCCUUUCAAAAAGCCCCUCUACGCCAACGUGCUGUUUCUCUGCGUGCUGCUGGCCCUGUGCGGGAUCAUGUGCUGGCUGGUGCUGUACCCCGCGUCCUUCCUGCGCAGGGUCCUGCAGCUCUGUGACAUCACCGACAUGAACUACAAGCUGCUGCUGGUGGCCCUGGCGGCGCUCAACUUCUUCACCUGCUACCUGCUGGAGGCGCUGAUUGACAACGGAAUGUUGAACUGCCUCCGGAAUCUGAAGGGGCAGCGGGAGUCGAAGAAGCAGUACAAGCGACUGGAUGCCUUGCUGUGCGAGAGCCCGAACUGGCCCCCGCUGGACCAGCUGCUGCCCUCGCAGCAGAGCAGCCUCUGGCCCUAGCAUCACCUGCACAGACCUCCAUUUUAGAGUAUUAUGAGUGCCACAUCUCUCGUGAAGAGGAGCCCGUUGCCAGGGCAAUAGGAUUGCCGAAAAUUUCGGUCUGUUACUAACCUCUGUGCCACAGUACCGGAUGACAAGACAGUUUUUUUUUAUUUUAUGAUUUCUACUUCUGGAAGACCAUUGGAAAACUAUUUUAAGGACCUUGCAUUUCUGCAAACAUCUGUAAUAAAGCCUUAUUAAAAUA